AUGGAAGGGCUGCCUGCAGAGUUAAAACGUCUGCGACAGGAGUUGUUGGACGCCACCAUGGAACUCCAGCAACUGGUAUUGGGUCCGAAGGAGGCCCUCUUCCUCUGGGCGCGAAACAACCAGGGAACCAUUCAUGCUGUCUGCGAGUUUGACCUGGCCCGGUCAUUCCCCGUCGGGGCCACUGCAACGUUUGCGGAGAUCGCCCAGGUGUGUGGCCUCCCCGAGCGUGAUGUCCGUCGCAUAGUGCGACACGCCGCUACCGAGGGCAUCUUUCGAGAGGACCCCAAAGGCAUCGUCCGGCAUACAGCGGCAUCGAAGAUGCUGGCGGACGAUGAGGUCGUGCGGGACUACAUGGAUGUCUGCUAUCGAGAAAUUUUCCCCGCAAUGCAACAGACAGUCCCUGCUAUGAGGAAAUGGCCCGGCUCCGAGAACCGAGCGCACGCGGGCUUCUCCCUCUCCCAGCCCGGACAUCCGGUCUUCUUCGACUAUCUGAGGGCCCAUCCGGAGCGGGCGCGCAAGUUUGCCUCGGCCAUGUCCGCCUACAGCAGCGGGCCCGAGCAUGACGUGCGUCAUCUCUGUGACGGCUAUCCUUGGCAGGCGUUGGGUGCUGGGACAGUGGUCGAUGUUGGGGGAUCAACCGGGUAUGUCUCGGUCGCUUUGGCGGAACGAUUUCCCCAGCUGGACUUUGUUGUCCAGGACACGGCCGAAACCACUGGAACGGAACAGUUGCUGGGGGAUGGGGAGACGCCGCGAGUCAAGCGCAUCACACACGAUUUCUUCGCCCCGCAGCCAAUCCACGGGGCGGAUGUGUAUUUUUUGCGCAUGGUCCUUCACGAUUUCGGAGAUGCCGACUGCAUCCGCAUUUUGCGGGCGCUGAUUCCUGCGCUCAAGCCUGGCGCGAGGGUGGUGUUGAAUGAAUACUGUCUGCCGGAGCCAGGGACGGUGGGCUUGUUCGAGGAGAAGCAGAUUCGGACGAUGGAUAUGAACAUGCUGAGCUUGUUCCAUUCGCACGAGAGAGAUACGGAUGAUUGGAAGCUGCUCCUAGCCAAAGCUGACCCGCGAUUUCAAUGGGAAGGAGUUGUCCAACCGGAAGGAUCCAACCUGUCCAUCAUCGAGGUGUCCUGGCCGAUUGCCAGUAUAGGGGGAACGCCAACCGAUUGA